AUGCCAGAGGAACAGAAAACCGUUAGUGCGCCGGCAGAAACAACGGCGGAAAAUGGAACUGGGACAAACUCGCCCACGAAGAGCCCGGUUAGCAAGGGAAAAAUGGCUCUCGCCAAAGUUACCCUCCUCGAUGGUACUGUUAAGGACUUCUACAUUGAUAGAAAGGCAAAAGGCCAAGAACUUCUCGAUAUGAUUUGUCAAAGUAUGAAUCUGCUGGAGAAAGAUUACUUUGGUCUCAUUUACGAAGACAGACACGAUCCGCGCAAUUGGUUGGAUCUUCACAAGAGAAUCACGAAAUUCGUCAAAAAUGAGCCGUGGAAAUUUAAUUUUGAAGUAAAGUUUUACCCGCCGGACCCAGCACAAUUGCAGGAAGACAUAACACGUUAUCAGUUGUGUCUGCAGAUCAGAAACGAUAUUAUUACGGGGCGCUUGCUUUGCUCCUUUGUAACACACGCUCUCUUGGGCUCUUAUUUGGUCCAAUCAGAAGUCGGAGACUAUGAUCCUGAGGAACACGGGAGAACGUAUUUAAAAGACUUUAAAUUUGCGCCUAACCAAACGCCUGAAUUAGUCGAGAAAGUGAUGGACCUUCAUAAAACGCACAAGGGUCAAACGCCCGCCGAGGCGGAACUGCAUUAUCUCGAAAAUGCGAAAAAAUUAGCAAUGUACGGCGUGGAUCUUCAUCCUGCGAAAGACUCGGAGGGCGUUGAUAUAAUGUUAGGUGUAUGCGCUUCAGGCCUUCUUGUUUAUAGAGAUCGUCUGAGAAUUAAUAGGUUCGCCUGGCCAAAGAUAUUGAAGAUAUCUUACAAGAGACACAACUUCUACAUCAAGAUCAGACCGGGUGAUUUCGAACAGUUUGAAUCUACAAUCGGAUUCAAAUUAGCUAAUCACAGAGCGGCGAAAAAAUUAUGGAAAGUCUGUGUAGAGCAUCACACUUUCUUUAGGCUUAUGAGUCCGGAGCCUGUGAAGAAAGUGGGAAUAAUACCACAUCUGGGGUCUCGUUUUCGGUAUUCUGGAAGAACUCAUUACGAGACGAAAAAGAUUCCCAUCGACAGACAACCUCCGCAGUUCGAGAGGUCUCUGAGCGGUCGACGACUCGCAUCCAGAAGCAUGGAUGCAUUAGGUGGGCCUAAACCAGUUGAAACAUACGGUUCCGAACCGAGUAAGCGGCAUACUAUGAGCUAUGAGCCUGAAAUGCUUCCUGAUGAUAUAGAACAUAUAGAUCGACGGCCUAGUCCAAUCAAGAAACAGAAAGAGAAGCUCACACGAAAAACAAGUGCCGGAACAACAUCAGCUAGCAGUACCAGUAGCCUGGAAGGAGAAUACGAUGCCGAUCGUGGGAGAAAGAAACCGGUCGGAGGAAUCGCUGUCCUACCGCCCGGUGGUCUAUCAAAGAAGAAGAAGGAUAAACAGAAUGAAAACGAAAAGGAAAAUCACAAUGAUCUGAACAAUUCUGAUCUGAUUAAUGACAAUGCUCAUCUUGACAACAUUGAUGAAAAAUCAUUGUCUAAAAAAGAAUUGAAAAAGAAGGAUAAAGAGACCCCCGAGAAAAUGGAUAAGGAAAAGAAGGAAAAGAUAAAGAGUCCCGUUGGCGGUUUCCUGUUUACCAAAAAGGAUAAGGAUAAGAAACAGAAAAAGAACAAAGAGCUCGACGAGUCCGUGGACAAAAGUGACGUCGAGUCGAAUCUUUCUACGUUGGAAAAGCAGGAAAAGGAGACUGAUAAAAAAGCAGAUGCCGAGAAAGUCCAAGAUCCUACGAAAUCUCCCCAGCUCCCUGGUUACACGAAGCCUUACGAUUACGAAGAGACGGAAACCUCGCCCACGAAAAAACCGUUUACUCCACAUGGUUUCACCUAUGAGGACAGACCGGCAUCGCCGGGGGUACAGGACCAACAGUCACCCACUUCGGCGAGUCGGAAAGCCACGGGAUUGGCAUUUAACUAUGCGCCGGGAGAAGAGAAGAAGGUAGCAGAAUCUGCGGAGAAGAGGAAAACGAAAGAGGCGGACAAGCAAGCACCAGGCCUGAAGACACCGGGGCUCAAUUACGUAGAAUCCGCUGGUCUUAAGGAACAGCAAAAGAAUGCUGCGAAAGCCGUCGAUAAAGAUGCAACAGCGGCUUUCAUUACCGGUGAACGUCAACACGGAGAUACUGAGAGUCAACCAGCGGUAGUGUCACCAGCGCCAGCGGAAUCCAAACCGGAUUAUCACAUUCUGCCUCUUCCGGAUGGCUCGAGGAUCAUUGGAGGUGUGAUUUAUACCAAAGAAGGUAAACCACUGGAUCAGAGCCACCUCGGACCGGACGGUAGCAAAGUAAUAGACGGCAAAGUUUGCGGGAAAGACGGUAAACCGUUGAAGAAGGGUGAAUUGGGGCCGCACGGGGUUCACAUUAGCAACGGUAUAGUCACCGGGAAAGAUAACAAACCUUUCCAUCAGGAGAUAUUGGGUACCGACAGAAACUCCAUAAAGAAUGGAGCUAUCUGUUCCUCUAAUGGUGAAAUAGUUAAGCAAUCUUUCCUGGGACCGGAUCAUGCAGUGGUCAAAGAGGGAAAAGUAGUAUUGAAGAAUGGCAAACCGGUGCAACAUUGUCAAUUAGGUGCGGAUGGUACGUACGUGAAAGAAGGCCUUGUAUUCACAGCAGGUUCUAAGCCCAUGACUCAGGGAUCGUACGGCACCGACAGCAAUUACAUGAUUGCCGGUGUAGUGUGCAACGAAGAAGGCAAGCCUUUGAACCGGAUCGCAAUUGUGCCCGACGAUACGUUCAUCUGCGAUGGUUUGAUUAACGGGCAAGACGGGAAGCCGCUCAAUACCGGGAAGUUGGGACCCGAAGGCCAUUACAUAGCAGAAGGGAAAGUUUACUCGAAGGACGGUAAGCCAAUCAAGCACGAAUCCUUCAGUUCCGACGGGUCCGUCGUGAAGGACGGUAUAAUCUAUUCGAAAGACGGGAAAUUCUUGACUCAAGGAUCUCUCUUGCCAACUGGUGCUCACCUGAAGGAUGGAAAGGUGGUCGGAAAAGAUGGCAAGCCUAUCAAACACGCAUUCUACAAAUCCGAUGGUAGUUUCGUGAAAGACGGCAUGAUACACGGGAAGGAUGGCAGGCUCGUAAGUCAGAUUCCGUUGAUAGCCGACGGUAACUCUAUUAAAGACGGAUUGGUACACGAUAGAAACAACAAGCCACUGUCCCAAGGGCUCUUCAAGCCUGACGAUCUUGUAAUUAAAGAUGGAAUAUUAUACAAUGCGGACGGUACGGUCCUGCCGAAUGCGAUGCUUGGCUCCGAUAGAUUGACGGUGAAGGAUGGCACCAUUCUCGGUAAAGAUGGCAAACCAGUAAAACAGGAACCGUUUGGUUCGAACGGAAGCUAUAUAAAGAAGGGUAUUAUUUAUGCAAAAAAUGGAAAGCCGCUUAAUCAGGACUCGUUUAUACCCGAAGGUGCAGCUAUUAGAAAUGGCAAAAUACACGGUAGAGACGGUAAACUGUUAAAGUUUUCCUUUUUCAAGCCAGAUGGUAGCUACGUGAAAGAUGGUGUUAUUUAUGGUAGUGACGGUAAGCCACUGAACUUGAACGCUCCUUUACCGGAAGACAGCUUCAUCGCCAAUGGCGUGAUAUUCGAUCAUUCGGGAAGGCCGUUGAACAAGGAAUCCUUUGGAUCCGAUGGCUCGUACGUCGCAGGUGGAUUGAUUCACGGAAAGGACGGCAGAAUCGUGUUGCAAGGCGUAUUUGGUCCCGACGGUAACACCAUUCGAAACGGCAUUAUCAUAGGAAGAGAUGGUAAGCCCUUGACGCAGGAUGACAAAGGUCCGGACAAUCUCGCGGUUAACAACGGGAAAAUUGUGGAUAGCCACGGAAAUCCAAAGAACCAGUCUUCGUUGGUACCUGACGGAUGUUACAUACAAGAUGGAGUGGUCUACGACAAAAACGGACAACUGCUGAAACAAGGCGCCUUUAAGCCAGAUGGAUGUUACGUUCGAGACGGUCUUAUAUACGGUUGGGGAGGCCAAUUGUUGAACGCAGGAUCUGAGUUACCCGGUGGCAGCUACAUCGAAGAAGGUAAAAUAUACGGCAAGGAUGGAAAACCCUUGAAUCACACUGCGUUUGGUAUCGAGGGUAACUUUGUCGAGAACGGUGUCAUUUACGGAAAAGAUACGAAGCCACUCGGUCACGGUACGUUCGGUAACGAUGGAAGUUACAUACAAAACGGUUUACUCUACGGACCGAAUGGGAAACCUCUGAGCAAAAGACAGACCAUAAUCACCGUCACGUCCGUUCGUUACGGCCUAGUAUGCGCUGAUGAUGGGAAACCAUUGAAGUUCGGUAAUUUCGACAGCGAGGGUAGCGUGAUCAGGAACGGCAGGAUUUACGACCACGCGGGAGGAUAUCUGAAUCAGGAUGUUUAUGGUCAAGACGGUAGCUACAUUAGAGAUGGUUUGAUUUAUGGGCGCAACGGAAAGCCUCUCUCUCAAGGGAGCUUGCCACCGGAAAGCAGUUUUGUCAAAAACGGCAAGGUCUACGACGCGAAUGGUCAACCGCUGACUCAGGAGGCAUUCGGGCCGGAAGGCUUGAAAGUCAUACAGGGACUCGUGGUGGAUAAAACCGGCAAACCGGUGAGACAAGCGAACUUCGACGCCGAAGGGAACGUCGUCAAGGAUGGAAUUAUUUGUGCACCUACUGGAAAACCGCUCGACAAGCACUUCACGACUAUCACGAUUACGAUGGUGCGUAGAGGAUUAGUGUGCGACAAGGAUGGAAAGCCGGUCGCACGAGCACCAUUCGGCGCCGAAGGCGGUUUCGUUAAAGACGGCAAGAUAUACGACAAGUUUGGGAAACCGUAUAAUCAGGAGCUGUUUGGCGAGGACGGAUCAUACGUGAAAGAUGGUGUAAUAUACGGAAACAACGGCCAGCCAGUGGAUAGCACGACGAUUCUGAAGGACUUGCAACACGAGGCACCAAAAUCUAUUUCCACAAAGCUAAAGAGACCCGCAGUACCGGCUACGAUACCGACAAUCGUAAAAACGACGACUAAGCAAUCGGUAGUCAAGGAUCAGGAAGGUGUGACGCAAAAUAUUCAGGAAAAGAUUGAAGAUCUUACACCAGGCGGCACAGGCCAAGUUACGGUCUCGACCUCCGUCAACAAGGCAGAGGCACCGGACGAUGGUAGAGCUCCAUACAUGACGGCGACAGCUGUCACUACUCGUACUGCUACGAUGCACGAGGAUCUUGAAAAGAAUCAGAAGACGAGUCAGGUAGAGGAAAAGACUGUAGCGCAUACAACUGCGACCAGUGCGACGAGACAAGAGCAACGAGUAGUGACACAAGAGGUUCGAACGACGAGCCAUGUGCUUUCUGGCGAACAGCUGUUCUCACGAAGGCUAAGUACGUCGAGUUCGAGCAGCGGUGAUUCAGGCACACCGAUUGAUCUUGAUGAUGACCAGCAAGCUUUCUACAAUCAAUAUUACCAGGGAGAUCCAGCCGUGAUUGCAACUGAGAAACAUGUUUACACGGGGGAACCAGAUAGCAACGUAACGACGACAACUACUGUACCUGUGGUGGCGACUGAGACGAGAAAAGUAGCUUUGGAAAGCGAAGAUGGUAACUAUAGCGCCACAGGGGAAAUAGUCAGCACCCAGACCAUAUCCAGCAAAACUCGUACUGUUGAGACUAUCACGUACAAAACAGAGAAGGAUGGUGUGGUGGAGACACGGGUAGAGCAAAAGAUAACGAUACAAUCGGAUGGUGACCCAAUCGACCACGACCGAGCUUUAGCGGAAGCGAUACAGGAAGCUACAGCUAUGAAUCCGGAUAUGACAGUGGAAAAAAUAGAAAUACAACAGCAAACAACGCAGUAAUUGUACGAACAUUUACGUAAAAGGGCACUCUUGUUCUACGUACGAAAGCACGAAAGAUUCGUAAUCUUAGAGACUAGAGAAAAGAAUUGGUAUUUACAGUACAUAUAUACUAUAUGUUUACACGCAUUAUUGAAUAUGCGUCAUAAAAAGUCAGACUGAAAUAUAUACAUACUAACGUCAAUAAGUCUUUAAAUAUUCUGUCAAGUUGAGAUAUAAAACAAGGAACAAUAUUAAGCUUUAUAUCUUUUCUCCUAUGUAAAAGGGUCAAAGAAUAUUUCUUGCUUUAUGGCUUGCCCAAUGACUCGAGCUUAAACUCGGUUCAAAAUCGAGUUUGUUAGUUGGAAAGGAUGAAACAUUAAGGUGAAAUCUUUUUAACGAAGAGAAUGGUACCUCAUACUCUAUAAACUACAGUGUUCAUAUAAAAAUGACUAAGAAAGUGUUUAUAUGCACGAGAGAAUGAAUAAAUCUUAUACGUACGGGAUGUCCCAGGGGGAAAGCUGAAUAUUCUGAUGGAUGAUGGUGUCGGUUAUUUUAAGUAAAACUGUGCACGUAAACAUGUUCAGCGAGCAGCGGGCGCAACGGCAAUAUUACGCGCUAAUUCAAAUUAUCUCGGAAACCGUUCGGAACAGGACGCACAUUCGUAUGAACAUUUUUGCUUAAAAUAGCCGACACCAUCAUCUUCCAGAAUAUUGACCUUUUCUCCUGGGACAUCCUGUAUGAUGUAUACAUAGCUAUGUAUGUAUGUAAAAAAUUGUGGAUAAUUAUUUAUAGUUAUGGCGAUAACUAUAGAUAUAUAAUAGACGGGGUGCCCUACAACUUAAAGUUUCGAUAACAAGCAUUUCAUAACGUUAAAAGCAAAAAGAUACGAUUACAGUAAUAUAGAGUACUCUAUACGACGCAAAAAUUAUUUAAAAGUUUUGCAGUAAACUAAUCACUCAAGCAUUUCAGAUCGAAAUAUUAAUGUCCGGAUCCUUAUAGUCAACCAAGUCGAUUAAAGACGUGUCUCUCCUUGAUUAUAUUUGAAUUCGCUGUCUUCUAACGAAAAUGCAGUACUUUCUCUUUUUCAUCUUUGAGCAUACCAUAUUACAAGUUGUUAACAGUAAUCAAGAGAUAUUCUGGUUUAUAACGUUCGUAUGAAGAAGAAACAGAGUGUUACAUACACACACACACACACACAUGGAUAUAUAUAUAUAUACACACAUUAGUAUAAUUUUAUCGAUCCGUUAAAAAAAUCUCCUCAAAGAUGAAUUGGAUAGAAAGUAAGGUUUUAUAAGAUUUAUAUGAUAACUGAACAAAAUAGCUCUACGUAAUGUCUGUUGUAAUGCUUAAAUGCAAUAAGAUAAGCUUUCCGGCAAAAGUGUGUAUGUGUGUGUGUGUGUAUGUAUGUGUAUAUAUAUAUGUAUAUGUAUAUGUAUAUGUGUAUAUAUUACACACACGCAUAUAUAAUUAUAUGUAAAACUGAGAUAUUGGCUUUCCAAAUGGUUAUUACAUUAUAUUGUGUGACAGAGUCGUCUAGAUAUUAAAUCUAAAUAUUAAUAUAUAUAUAUUGCCGAGAGAUACUUGAAAUCGUCAUAGUUUCUUAUAUCUAAAAAAUGUUAAUGUUAGCUACAGUAUGUUAUAAGGAAGAUACAGAGAUUACGUUGGCAAUGAUACUGUAUCGUUUCUCAUGUUGCAGCUAUAUAAUAAUUAUAAGAGAUACAAUAUUGAUAGAAACUAUGUAGAUUUCAUCAGAUAUGUUUCGUUUAUAUUAUAAAAUAACUAAUAAGCUCAUAUAAAUUAUAUAUAUAAUAUAUAUAACUUUAUACCAAGAGCAAUGAUGCAUUGGUCAGCGUAUAUGUCUAAAUUUAGCUAUGUAGCUUAUGUAGUUUUAGCGAAUAACAAUUUUACAUGAACCUUCAUUAGUUUAGCAGUUUAUGUUUCACUACAAGUUCACAAGUGCGAUCUGAAUAAAUAAAACGAGUCUAAUUUGCAGAUUUUUACA